AUGGAAAUUGAUGGCAACACCUUAGUGUUCAUAAUAGUGAUCCUUUUCCUAUUCUUCUCCACACCCGGUGGUGACGGAGUGUCCUCACAGUACGAGUUUAACCAGCUACAAAGAUUGAAGCAACAGUUCCAAACAGAACAUAAUGUGUUCCUCAAUAUGACACAUACGGAUAAUUUCCGAAAUAUCACUGGUUUCAAAUUAAGCUAUCAAGAUACGUUGAACAACCCUUUGCAGAAUGCUACUUAUCCACUACCAGGGAAGGAAUAUGACCGAUGGUUACCCAACCAGAACUACAUGGUAAUGCCUAAUGAAGUCAUAGAUACUAUAAACUCUCAAGUCUGGAAUACUUCGAAUGGUGACACCUCAAAUAUUUUCCCCCCUAAUAUUACAAGCACGCUGUUGGGAAAGAUCAACGUUGUGUCAAAUAGCAAGUACGAAAGGAUAAGAAUGCCUAUACCCAGAUUUUAUGAACCUGCAAACGAUUUCUCGGAAGAUAUUCCUCCUGAGGGAGAAACAUACUGGUCAGAUUGGCCCUCUUACGGCGAGCUUCAUAACGUGACUUUUCAACAUGGUGAGAUUGCUAUUCAAAUCACUCAUAUGAACAACCUUCAGAAUAGCAACAAUUACUUCAGGAGAAAUUUCAUAAAUAAGGAAAAUGAUCGUUGGAAAUUAUUGAAUCUACAAAUCGAUUUUUCAGAUAAAACCGAAAAGGAAAAGCACUCCAUUUCAUCAAAGGCGGUCUACGAUAUCCAACGUGGUAGAAUUUUAUCCAUCUCCCAAAGUUCUAAAUUCCAUUCAUUAUUUGCACUUCCCCACUACAUGUCUUUACAGGAUGAAUAUGAUGAAGAGAUGUUUAAUGAUGUCAAACAGCUUGUCGAUGAAUUCUGGAAUUUCACGGAUUACACGAAUGUUAUGACCAUGAAUGAUGUACAGGAUGCAUACAAUAGUGCUAAUCUUAAAUGUGAAUACAUGACUUUUCUUCAAUUAGAACCUUGGAAUCAAUAUACCAAGGACCAAAUUAAAUUGAUAGAUGAUGAAUUGAACUGGCCAUUGGGGCGUCCUGUGAACCUUUCUAGUCUACCUCCUAUAAAUGUCGUUUCUGGGAUAUUAUAUUCUCCUGAUUGUGGCCUUAGAUUGGCAAUUCAUGAUGUAAAGGGUAAACGAUAUGAACUAAAAAUCAUGUCGAUUAGAACGCACUUAAUGUUUGGUAUUGCGUUAUUCGCAGCUCAAAUAUAUUUAUUGCUGACUCAAAUGCAUCAUACAAACACGCCUUCCAUGGUCAAUAAAAUUUCGUUUUAUUGCUUCUCAAUGAUCAAUUUAGUCGACGGUUCCCUAGCUACGUUAUAUUUUGUGGCUGCUAGUGUUGUUCCUGAAUUGUACUUGCCCUUGGUGAUAAGUGCAUUUUCAUGUUUUAUCCUUGCAUCCAUAUUCGAAAUACGUUACUUGAUAUCGAUUUAUGCUUCACAAGUUAACGAACAAAACGUCGGGAUAGCUAAUUUGUUGCGUGGUAAUACCGGCACAUAUGAUGAGAAUAGGCCAAGGCCUGCAUUUAUCCCUGAUGAAGGUUCCAUCGGCGGCUCACUAUAUGGUAGAUUUUUCUUUACGUUAAUCAUUUUCACCUUUUUGAUAUUGAGUUCAACAUCAUGGCCCCGUCAAUUGAGAAUGAUAUUUGAGUAUAUCCUUAUUUUCAUCUUAAACUCCUACUGGAUUCCCCAAAUUUUCCGUAACGCUGUUAAGGGUAUCCCUUCUAGAAGAGAGAGAACAAGAGCUACCAACGGAGGAAAUAGAAAUCAAAAUAAGAUGCCUUUAUUAUGGAGUUUUGUGAUAGGUACAACAAUAAUUAGAAGUUUACCGGUCAUAUAUGUUUUCACUUAUUCUUCAAACGUCUUUAGGCAUCAUAAAGAUGUUCGUUUUGUUGUAUUUCUAUCGCUGUGGCUACUGUUCCAAAUCAGUAUUUUGUAUUCUCAAGACAUAUUGGGAUCGCGCUGGUUCUUACCUCAACACACGAUUCCCGAAGGAUAUUCGUAUUUCAAGCCACUUUCGAACCAGUAUAUUUUAGAGCAUGGUGGUGGGACCGUUCAAAACACUGUUGACUGUGCGAUAUGUAUGUCAGAUGUUCCAAUCUAUAUUGAAGAAAUCCCAGAAACUCAUAUAGUGGACCAACAUACUUAUAUGGUGACACCCUGUAACCACGUUUUCCAUACUUCAUGUUUGGAAAAUUGGAUGAGUUAUAAGUUACAAUGUCCUGUGUGUAGGUCACCGUUGCCUCCCUUGUAG